AUGUCUUUCGUCAAUCUACCAGAGCCAGCAACCCAAGCGACGCUCGCAGAUGCUCGGAGAGAGCUAGUGUCGGAUAGGCUUGCUGUCCGUGUACUCUCAGACAAGAUACAGGCGGCAGAGGAUGACCUUGCACGCAUCGUGGAAGAGUCUCGAUGUGCUGUCCGUGAUAUGGAGAGGGAGCGUGCAGCUCUGCAAGAGAAAGUGGCGUUAACCUUGGCCUAUAUAUCGCCCAUCAGGAGGCUGCCGCACGAACUGCUUCGCUACAUCUUCUUGCUCAACUUCGAGGACUACCCGUGUUGCGCGUGGGUACUCUCUGCGGUCUGUUCUCUGUGGCGUCGCCUUGUACUGUCGAUGCCCGUUCUCUGGUCCAAGAUACGCCUCGUAACUACACAAAGUACUUCCGCAGACACUAUUCGGCUCUGGUUGGAACGGUCGGGCACCAGUGUACCGCUAGACAUAGAGAUAUUCCUGCGCUCAGAGCCGUUUUCUGGUAUCGACUUGUCCUGCCGCCGCCGCUCGUCUUCUACCUCUGCCCACGGCUGGACAUACGGGCCGGCUGGUUGGACAACGACGCCGUCACCGUUGGCCCACCCGGGAUUAGGUGCUAAUGCGCACGCGACGUAUGUGCAAGUGCCGCAGACAGCAGGCAUCCAUUUUUUUCCGAUCGCACAGGCGGCGCAGCUAGUCGUCGCGAACGGUGUCGCGUCCGCACCAUCAACCGCGUCUCAGGAAGACCCAUGGGACAUGCCACCGCUCGUGUCUGCAGAACGAGCGCCGUCUUUGUCGCGGUCGAAGACCAGCAUGCACUGGGGGCACAUCGCGUUCUUCUACCUCGUCGAGCAGAUGCGGCGCUGGGAGAGGUUCGUGUUUCGGUUCGACAAGCAGUUCGCUUCAUUCACCGCCCUAAAGGCGAUCGAAGGCGAUGCGCCGCUGUUGCGUGAGUUCGAGGUCUCGUGUGCGGAUUCGGCGUUCUACCACGACUGGAAGUGGCUUCCGUCUGCGUCGGCGAAUUCAACAUUCGACAUUUCUAGCCUCACCACGCUGACGCUGCACCACGUCCCGUUCAAGUGGAGUGCACCGAUGCUACGCAACUUGCACUCACUCUCGCUGCGCACAUUGCCGACGGUACAUCUCGCGCUGGAUCGCAUCCUCUACAUCAUUGCCUCAAACCCAGAGCUCGAGACGCUUUCACUGCAUUUUACCUCUCCGAACCCGCCCGUGCUGCCGCUUACCCCAACGACGCUGCAGGAGCUCAAGGUCCUGAACCUUGGGGGACACUACCUACUGAGCACCCUCGUCGACUCGUUGAUCCUCCCCUCGCUCGACGUACUGAUCCUCGACAUCGACGCGCGCGAUCCGAUCGAAGAUACCGUCGCCUCGCUACUCGCGCGCUCCAACAAUCCGUCGCUGACCCGGCUCUCGCUCGCCUACGGGCUCGGGCCUGGCGCGAACUCGGGCUUCUACUACGGCGGCGCGGGCGUCGCCUCGUGGCACUUCCUCGGGGAGCUCGAUCACCUGCUGUCACUACAGAUCGGGAGCGCGCCGUUCGAGCCGCUGCUGGCGACACUCGGCGCGCCGGACGACGAUCCGCAGCAGGACCACUGGAUUUGCCCGAAUCUGCGUGCGCUCGCGAUGCGCGGCUGCCACCACACGCACGGGGACGGCGUGUCGAAGCUCGUACAGAUGGUCGAGGCGCGCAACCCCGAGAUCUCUGCGGCGGGCCCGGUGCCGUACUUGGGCGGCGUCGUCGCGCCCGCGCGCCUUCGCCAGCUGGAGCUGUAUGAUUGCGCGUCGUUAGGUCCUGAUGUUAUCAAGUGGCUGAAAACGAGGAUUGAGGACGUUGCGUGCACCGAGCCUCUUUUCGAAGGGUCUCCACGGAGCCCUGCAUAUCCUUAUCUAUAA